GCUAAACAUUCUCACAACUAGCGUUCGUUAUUUUCAUGAUAAGGAGCCUUAGUGAGCAUAUUAAAAUUGACUCCGCGCUCAGAAAUUCGGAGAUACAAAAAACGGGCAAAGUCAAGAAGACAACAAUAAUGCCGAAUAUCAACUUGCGACAGAGUGGCGCUCAUGCGUUCUUUAACUUUUCAUGUUAACAUACUCCCUAUCGAUUCCAGGGAUUUUGUCUCUACUUGUCGCCCUCACACCACCCCUAUGGAAUCCAUCCGUGUGGUCAAACUGGUGGGAUGCAGUCAUGCUUUCUGCGGGCAUGACCGGAGGGGUGGACUUCAAUCUGAUAUUUGGGGAGAGACCGCGAUGCAUGACCCGGAACGAGACUUUAGCUGCGGUAUUGGCGCCAGAAGCCAAUGUGUCUGGUUUCUAUGGUCCGGGAGCUUCUAUGGCAUGGCUCCUGGUCUCUUGGGUCGUGGCUAUCUCGUCUAUCGCACAUGCGAAAUGUGCAUCGAACAACGCUCAAAGGCUAGAUCUCGACUUGGAACUCAUUGGAGUCAUUGCCUAUCCUUUCGUGGCGUGCAUGGAUAUCAUCAUCCGUCUUAUUCGUUGUAAGAUCGACGCCAGUCUCACAGCUGCCGUCUUCGUGGUCGUCGCCAGCUUCACCAUAUUCAGCCCAAUGAAGCGACUCUCCGUCCAACGCGAAGGCAGCGAACUAUUCGAAUUGGCGGAUGCGGGAGAUGACGACAGCUACCUUCUGAACAAACGACUGCUCAUGCUACGAAUUCCUCGCUGGAUGGGUUAUGGUAUUCUGCUGGCCAUUAGUGGAGAACC